CGCGUGAGUGAGUGACUGAGUGACUGAGUGUGAGUGUGUGUGAGUGUGUGUGUGUGUGUGUGCGUGCCCGCGUGAUAGACAGCCGUUGUUUCUGCCAAUGUUGGAUUUUUUUUUUUUUUUUUUUUUUUGUGAAUGGAGGGAAGAUGAGCGGAUGAGUGAGAAUGGACAGGGAGUGCGGCGUAAAAGCCAGGAGAUGAGACAGACAGAGAGAGAGAGAGAGAGAGAGAGAGUCAGAGACACGAACAUCACUCCGUAGUCUCAGGAUAAGUCACACACAUUCCAGAGGAGGCUCAGGAUUCGUAUAAGACUAUGGCCCACAGCGAGGAGGACCUCAUUGGGAUCCCCUUCCCGAAUCACAGCAGUGACAUCCUGUGUAGUCUGAAUGAACAGCGUCGUGAUGGCUUCCUCUGUGAUGUGGUCCUGGUGGUGAAAGACCAGGAGUACCGCACACACCGCUCUGUGCUGGCUGCAUGCAGUCAGUACUUCAAAAAACUCUUCACCGUGGCCACGGGCGACGGUGACCCCAGCCAACAUGGUGUCUAUGAGCUGGACUUUGUAGCACCAGAGUCGCUGACGGCCAUUUUGGAGUUUGCGUACACGUCGACACUGACGGUGACACCCUCCAACGUGAAGGAGAUCCUGGGUGCGGCACGGCUCCUGGAGAUCCCGUGUAUCAUUAACGUAUGCUUGGAGAUCAUGGACACCGGAGGCGGGGGAGGUACUGGUGGUGGAGAAGGAGAUGAAGAGGAAGAUGAAGAAGAAGAUGAGGAAGAAGAGGAAGACGAGGAAGAAGAGGAGAUGGCAGAGGAGGCAGAGGACGACUCGAAAGAUGGCGAGGUCGAGGAACGUGACGAGGACAAUGUCAGUGAAAGAUCUCUUCAAGCUUCUGAAAAACCGGAGAACCGCAUCACUGGCAGGGAACGAGGAGCAGACAGCCCAGCGUGCAGCUCACAACAGAAGCAACACUCAGAAAGGGACUUGCCAAACUCUCAGAGAUGCCACUCCCGUACCCCGGAAAAACCCAGAGAUCAAGAAGGACUGGAAGGCAGAGCGCUGAAAGACUUUUCCAUCGAGUCCCUCUUGCAAGAAGGGCUGUACCCAAAGAUGCCGGGAAUGGAAAGAGGGUCGGGCUUCACCUCUCUUCUUCCUGGAUUCUAUCCUCCAAUUUGGGCUACAGAAUUUUCAAGCUUCCCGCAGCUUCUAGAUCCCCAAUGCCCACCUCACCCUUACCCAUCUGCCUCGUUGGACAAUGGACCCUUGGAUCUCGCCAUCAAGAAAGAAGUGAUCAAAGAGGAACUAAAAGAUGAGCUCCCCGGUACUCUGCUUCACAGAGAAUUCCUUAAAGACUUUGUGAGCCCAAGUGUUGGUGCGGCUCCUGAACCCUCCCUAGGCCAGAUUAAGGACGAAGCGGACCUGCGGAACUACUUAAGUUUCCUCUCAGCCUCCCACCUAGGGUCACUGUUUCCACCAUGGCAGCUGGAAGAAGAGCGGAAGCUGAAGCCCAAAGCGUCCCAGCAGUGUCCCAUCUGCAACAAGGUCAUCCAGGGUGCAGGCAAACUACCUCGGCACAUGAGGACGCACACAGGCGAGAAGCCCUACAUGUGUACCAUCUGCGAGGUUCGCUUCACAAGGCAGGACAAGCUAAAGAUCCACAUGCGGAAGCACACAGGCGAGCGACCCUACAUGUGCCUGCACUGCAACUCCAAAUUUGUGCACAACUACGACCUGAAGAAUCACCUGCGUAUCCAUACUGGCGUGCGGCCCUACCAGUGCGAGCACUGCUACAAGAGUUUCACCCGCUCCGACCACCUGCACCGGCACAUCAAGCGUCAGAGCUGCCGCGUGUCACGGCCACGACGGGGACGCAAACCCUCCUCUUCCUGGCGCUCAUCCUCCAGUUUCUUCUACCCUCCGGACACCCACCCGCUGCAAGGAGACCAAGGAUUGCGUCUGCCAUCGCUCGGAGCGCCGGUGCCUGCUCAACUGCCAGAAAGACGGCAGGAUUUAGACGGUGGCAGCAGCAGAGAGAACCUCACUGACAGGAAGCUCAUCUCAGAGGAUGUGGACAGGAAGAGGGGAGUGUUUGCUUUCGCCCUGGCAAGAGAGGACGUUCUACCACACCCAGCGUUUUACCCCCCGACCCCUGAUCCCUGGACCGUGAGACUGGACCGAGCGCCACCCGUUCCUGAAGCUGCAAAAUGACCUUUUUUUUUUUUUUUUGCUCGCGCACAACUCUUUUUUUUUUUUCUUUUUCUUUUUUUUCCUUAACGUGACUGAGAAGACUGGACAAACUCAAGUGUAGAAGGGUUGUGCACUCGAGUAUUAAAAAAAAUGAAUAAAUGCUUUUCAGAAUUUCUGAGACUUUGCAAAUCAUAUUGGCAAAUUGCUGAUUUUAAUAACUGAUGUCUUUUUGAUGUUUGAUCGUCAGCUUUCUAAUGUGACGCCAGGGAUUUUAAAAGUAUAAAAAAAAAAGAUGAAUAUCUUAGAAACGUAUUUGUAUUUAUGAUUCUUCUGGUUGUUUUAUGCUUCUGUAUUUGCUAACAAGGGUAAAUUAAAGUGGGACUAAAACCUCCCCACAGACUGUUAAGUGCAAUUUAUUUAGUUUUUCUUUUUCUUUUUUUUUUUUCUCCAUUCCAAAGUUUUACAGGUAAGUCAGGUAUUUAAAGGGACAAAUAACUUCCAUCACCUCUGUCAGAAAUAAGCUUCACGCUUAUCAGUUUGUCUGAAAAGUAACCGUCAUCUACUCUAGCUAGGAUUAAACAUCUAAACCACUAUGCAAAGAUUACAUGAUUAAAUGUUUAGCUGUCAGAAAUUUUAUCGCAAAUUAACGGCAAAAAAAAAAAAAGCCCGCAAAACAGGUUCAAAGCAUUACACUGAGCAAUAUGAUGACUAGUUUCAUUUUACAUAUAUUUAUAUAUUACAAAAAUCGAGAUCAAUUUUUAUCAUGAUAGCUAGUGCAAAAAAAAACUUUUUAUUUGGAUUUACUUUCAGACUCGACAUAUCUAGUUUACCCUUGAUUAGUGUCCAACGCUUCGUAUGCACUAUUGUACAUAUUUUAUAUCAUGUUUUAUAUAAUCUUAUGGUGAAGUUGCUAAUUGUUGUAAACUAUUUAGACUUUUGAACAUUAAAAACACCCAAAGAUGUGUUGUACGAGUACAAACUUGAAAGUCUUUUUAAAAAUCACAUUUUUAAAAUCACUCCUUAAAUGGCUUAAAGUUGUAUAGUCUUUUUUCUUCUUCUUCUUCUUCUUUUUUUUCUUUCUAGCUACAUGUUGCCGGUUUGAAAGUGUCUCGCAGGUGCUUGUCAUGUACAGAAAUUCAAACAGGGACUGUGUCCGUCAUUUUUUGAUAUUACUGUUAUUGUUUUUAGCUUAAAUGACUAUUGUACGUCAGAGGUGUUUUCGAAUUGCUAUGGAGAAAAUAUUUUCAAGCUAUUUAUGCAUAUUUAAAUAGGCCUUGGCUAUAUUUUGCUAAGAUGUUUUUAUAUAAAGACACUAAAAUUUGUCCGUGUCCUUGUUUGUCUGUACGAAAGAAAAAAAAAAUUGGCAUUUUUCUUUUUUUUAAACAACAGAAAGUGAGCUUCUGUGAUGUUUACAUUUACAUUAAUGAUCUCGAUUUAAUACAUUUGAAGUGGAAAGAAGUCACUUAAGGAAAAAAAAAGAGGCUUUCAUUUUCUCACUUCCUCUGUGAAAGUACAGCAAGGUAAAGCCAACUUUCAUAACCUUUAUGAGCAAAACAGUAAUCUUUUUCAUCUAAAUCAGAGUUCGCGCUGUGAAAAUGUCCUGAUGUUUUAUAUAUACAGUAUAUCUAUCUAUAUGUAUGUAAAAAUACAAAAUCUGAAAGAUAAUGAGCCUAUAAAGCUGUUCUGUAUUUGAUAAUGCAUUGUUAUAUAUACUUAAGAAAUUCUACACACAACUAAAUCUUUAGAGGGUAAAUUUGUAAAUCUGUAGAACGUUUGGACGACCAGUGAUGGAAAUAUACUUGCACUAUGUGUUAAUGAAAGAACCAACCAUAAAUGUUUUUUUUUUUUUUUUUUAAAGAAGUAAAAAAAAAAAAAGUCACAAUUUUUAAAAGAUGCACUUUACUUUAUAUGAGAAUGCUGUCCAUCAUCAGAGUUACCGGAGAUAAUGUGUUUUAUUUGUACAUUUAAAUGACAUCCCUGGAGCAAACUGAUGAAUGAAUUCAUUCAAAUUGUAGAACAAUGAAUAAAAAUGUUUUGUUUUGGGUUUUUUUUUCCUUCAAA